UCGUCAGGUGGCGGCGUCGCUCGGCCGCUAUAUUGAUCAAGUUAGAUUUCGCGAGGACGCACGUUGAUAAGAUCUCGUGUAUUUUUCGAUCGCACGCAAUCCUUCCGCGCGACGUGUGUGUGACAUUUGUCACGAGCGCUAGUACUCGCGUGGCGUGAAAUUUGGUCGCGCGCGCGGAGCCUCCGCGUUACCGUAGCGGCGUCGCCGUGAAAUCCUCCCUCGCCCAUGACGUCACUCACGAAUUACACAAGCGUCAUCGCUCAGUCUGUUGUGGAAAAUUUCGUGGGUUCUAUGGUGGUGUAGCGGCGAGGUGUGUUGUUUUCUGAACAAUAACCCGCGAGUCCUUCGUCAGCGACGCGCGACAAUCCUGCGACAUCGAAUCGCGCGGCGAAAUAAUUGGCGAUAAAAUUAAAGUUUACAAAGGAUUCUUGUCUACUUUUCACAAUGUCUAUGCAACAGUUUUGUUUGCGAUGGAACAAUCAUCAACCGAAUUUUAUCUCGGUUUUCUCCAACUUACUAAAUAAUGAGACUCUAGUGGACGUUACUCUUGCUGCCGAAGGCAGGCAAAUUCAGGCUCACAAAGUUGUACUAUCAGCAUGCAGCACAUACUUUCAAUCGCUGUUCACAGUGAAUCCUUGUCAGCAUCCCAUUGUUAUACUUAAGGACAUCAAGUUUUCUGAUCUCAAGAUUAUGGUAGACUUUAUGUAUUAUGGGGAAGUGAACAUAUCUCAAGAUCAAUUGCCAUCCAUCAUAAAGACAGCGGAGAGUUUAAAGAUAAAAGGACUUGCAGAAAUGCAUACGGCGUCAUUAACUAAAUGGCCAAGUGGAAGUAGUGAAACAGGCGGAGGAGAUCGUGGCGAAUCUUGUUCACCCAGUCCAUCUCCGUUAUCUCCUUCUUUCCGCAGAAAAAGGUUAAGGAAAUCUUCUACGGGUUCCACAUCCGGCUCGGGUGACAAGCCAGAAGAAAUUAAUGAAAUAACGUUAGUGGCCACCAACAUUGUAAAACCAGAACCUCUAAUCGUAUCACAGGAAAGUGGAGAAAAUUUGAGGCGACCAGUAAAUACAAGCACAGAAUCUCAAGGCAGUAUUGACGAAGAUCAAAUAUCAAUUAUGAGUAAUAUGGAAACUAGUUCUGCCAAUACACCAGCCCAAAGUGAUGGUUCUAUUCAGGACGUAAGUCAACAGUCGGCAGGAAAUAUUGCACAAAGUUCUGUUUCUUCACAAGCACCUGUUCAUCAAGGAUUACAAUGGACUAUUAUGGAGCACACAUAUCAUCCACGUUUCGCUCUGUCCUCGUGUCAAACGAAUCUGUCGAUCCAAGCGUCGUCGGCGUUUACGACGCCCGAAAUAACAGCAUCCUCGACCAUCAGCGAUCAGUACUCUGGUACCAGCACGACUGGUUCCAGUUGCGCCCUGACGAACUAUCCGAACUCCUCCCACGGGACGUUGCAGCACGUGUCGUCGGGCGGCCCCUCGCCAUCGACGCAGUGCCCCAGUAACUGCCAGAGCCCGUGCGCCAGCCCGCAGACGGCGAUUAAGAGGAAGCGCUCGACUAAUCCACAAGCGGACGAGAAUUUUAUACGCGCGCUCGACGCAGUGCGCUACGGCGGCAUAGGGUUUUGCAAGGCGGCCAGGAUGUUCGGCGUGAACAACCGAACACUCUGGCUCGAGUACAAGAAGCGCGGCUACCCGAACAAUCGGCCCAGCCUCAAGUCCCGCGUUAAGCAGGAGGUGAACUCCUCGCCGCCGCCCUCGGCGCCCCCGGCGCAGCCGAUGAACUCGCAAAGCCCGACGCCGAUGGGCCCGCCGACGACCCCGCACAGCACACACAAUACACACAGCACGCACACCAUGCUAACCAGUCACAGUCCCCACACGAUGCUGAGCGGGUACAUCGACAGCAGGCAUACGGACUACGCGCUACCGAUUCUUCAUUGCAAGCAGACGCAAGCAACGAAGAGGACCCGGCUGCUCAUCAGACAGACGCGAGUGAAGAAGGAGCCGAGUCACUUGUCGCCGGACAGCGAGACGAGCACAUCACCGCACAUCGUCUCGACCUCCGUCCAUCUCGCGACGCCGACGCUGAAUCUUCCGCAAACGUCGAGGAGCUUCGAGGAAUCGCGUAUUUCGCCGCCACCGCACACCAUGCUGGUGAAUCAGCCGAAUCUGCUGACGGUGACGACGUCGCCGAAUCUGUUGACGGUGCCACAGCCGUCUUACUUGACGAAGCAACACUCGCAUCCGUUGCUGUCUAGUCAACAGCCGAGCACGUCCGGAACUUACUGGAUACACCGACAGCACUUGCAUCCGGAAUUGCCCGGUAGAACCACAAGUCCCUCGAUAGUAAUCGAGCCGGCACCUGUCCUUAAAACGGAGGACGAGGGAAGCGAGGAAGCACCGACAACUCCGACAACUAUUACUUCCGAGCCAGGAACCAGCGGCGGCGGCGGCACUUCCGGUGGAUUGAGAGUGAAGACAGAGCUGCGACGGACUUCCUCAUCGCCGCAGACGAGCAGCAGAGACUUUCGCGAAAGCACGGGGGAUCAACGAUUAGGCCAUUGUCCUGUAUUGCGUGAAGGUCCUGCCUUAGGCUGCAAUCAUUGUUGGAACACAAUAGACGACCAUGGUAGAAUACUCCGUAGGAAAACCAAGUAUCACUGUCCCGAAUGUCAGAUUAAUUUGUGCAUUGUGCCCUGUUUUCAAGAAUACCACGAGCAGCGACGCGAGCUGAUUUCCAAGCUUAAGCCCUUACCAAAAACUAGCUCCGUUUAAUUUCCCUAUUUAUUAUGUACUUCUUUUCAAAGGUAAUUGUUACCUAUUGGAUUAGGUAUGUGUGAGCACGCGCUUUAAAUGUGUGACGGUAUGACCUGACAAUGACGGAGUAACACGGGUCCAUCGUUAGCGUGUACACGUUACUUUUACCGAUUAGUGCGAGAGUCAUCAGAUUUAUGAUUUUUUUUUUUUAUCGCAUUUGACAAAAAAUUUCAUGACUUUAUAUUUUCGCAUAUUCAUUUCAUAUCAC